AUCAUGAUGUUCUUCCGCUUCCUCCGUGUCGUCCGGCCAGGGCGUAUCUUCGAGCCACCGCCCACCUCUGUGCUGUCCCUUCGCCGCCAUGUGAGCACCAGCCAUAAGGCUCCGCCUACCGAGGAGCUCCAGAAGGCCAUGGACGACUUUCGCCGCUCACAAGAGGACGCUCGGACGGCCAAUGAACGCAUCAAGGCACUCGAGGAGCAGCUGCAGCAAAUGCGGGAGUCCCAGGAUAGGCGCACGCCAACGCCUCCCGAUACCGCCAUCGACGCCGUCGACUCGCUGUUUAAGUGGUUCGGCCUCGAUGACUUUCGCGUGUUCGUCGUGUGGGUCGCCGUCACGUCUACCGCGAUACUUGCUUGUCACUUUGAGGGGAGAGAGAGAAAGAGUGGGAUGGGAUGGGAUGGGUGGGUGACAGGCUUGGACGCUGCUGCUGCUGCAUGGCAUGGAUCGCCGGUCGUUGCCCAGUCGGUUGAUUGAUGUCAUGAUAUGUCUGUAUGUGUACGUCUGUCUGUCUGUCUGUCGUCCUCUGACUGACUGACUGGCACAAAUAAGGAAUGCAUUCACUCACCCACAGAGCGCGUCAAAUUGACUGACGACACACAUCAUUAUCUGACAGGCACUUAUAGUGACUUCCUGACGUGACCUUCUUGAAUGGUCUCGUGCUGU